GGUUACUACGUGCCACAGCAGGGUAAUAUUCAGAUGCCACGAUAUCCGUAUCCACAGCAACAGAUUCCAGCUUACACGAUGCAUCAAAAUAUGCCAGUUAAUCAGAUGCCAAUAUUAGAACAAAAUUUGACUGAAGAACAACGAAAACAGCUAGAGCAGGAGAGAAAGAAUCGUUUCUUUCAAGAACAGAAAGAAAAAUUGAAGGCUUUUGGUCAGAUAGGUCAAGUUGGACUUCCAACGACUAAUAUGGCAUCGCUCGAAGGCAUGAUGUCAAUGUUUGGGAAAAAAAAUAACAAACCUGCUGCCAACAAUGUCAUUGCUGACAACAGCAUUGGACAGGAAAGGAAAA